AUGAGCGAAUUAGUUUGGGGAAUUAAAAAUGGCGAUAUUGAUCAAGUCAAAGACAUCGUGGAGAAGCACAAAAUUGAUGUCAAUGCACGCAUUGAUGGCAGAGUUCCUCUUCAUUAUGCUGCAGACUAUGGUCAAACUGCUGUUUUGAAUUACUUAUUGGAUAAAGGGGCUGAUCCAAAUGUUGAAGAUAAACAUGGUAUAUCUGUGAUCUUAGCAGCUAUUUGGGAAGGCCACACAGAUUGUGUCAAAACACUGCUUAAACAUGGGGCCUCCAAGAAUGGAAAAGCACCAGAUGGCACACCUUAUAUUGAGGCGGCAGAAAAGGAUGAAAUCAAAGAGCUCUUAACAUAA